GCAGUGUGGCGUUUCCCCCAACCUCAACUCCAUGUCUUUCUAAACUGAAAAAAAAACCAAAAAAAAAACAAGCGUGCAGAUUUAAAAUACUUUACAAAAAAAAAAAAAAAAAUCAAGCAGAGGACAAACCGAUCAGCACAAGCGCCAGAUGUAGGUAUGAGCGCAUCAACUGGAGACGGAGAGCCUUGCAUCCCCUUGGAUAAUGCAAAGGAAGAAGUCAGUGGUCCUACCUGCACUGGAGACAACAGUAAACAUGAAUCAGCAAUAUGCUCAGGCAGCAGUGAAAUCAAAAGCCGUGCUGUGGUCAAGUACUGUGCAGCCCCACCACCUACCAGCUAUGCCCUUCUGCAGGAAAAGACCGACUUGAAGCUACCUCCUGCCAACUGGCUGAGAGAAAACCCCCAGCUGGGCACCGCUGGGACCACUAUAUUAGGAUCUAGCAGCAAGAGCAAGCCCUUUUCCAGUUUUGGGAUGGCGUACGAGUUCAUCGAUUGCAUCGGAGAUGAUGUUGAUGUGGUUUCAGACUCAGAGAACAUCAAGAAGCUUUUGAAAAUUCCCUACAGCAAGUCCCAUUUGAGUAUGGCAGUUCAUCGUGUGGGGAGGACUUUGCUUUUAGAUGAGCUGGACAUUCAAGAGCUUUUCAUGAGAUCCUCUCAGACAGGAGACUGGACAUGGCUGAAGGAGUUUUACCAGCGGCUAAUAGAUCAGAAGUGGCAGAGGAAAAAGAAGAGUAAGGAGCACUGGUAUCAAAAAGCAAUCCUGUCAAAGUUUCUCUAUUAUAGUAUAAAUGGUAAUGGGGCUGCCGAGCCUCAAUCAGAUGGCCUGAAUGAAGGAGAGGAGGAGAGUGGUGCUGAGGAGUUCAGCUCUUCAUGGCCUACAGCCUUCACUAGCACAACGUCUAAUGCAGAAGAAUCAGAAGCUCCCAAACAGGAAAGUGUUACCGUCGACAGCAGUUUUGCUUUGGGCCAGGUGACCUCUGUUCCCAAAGAGCAAAACCUCCCUACAAUCUUCAAUGAAGGAGAGAACGGCCAGGGUUUAAGAAAUGACUUUGUACGAAACAUCAUGUGGACUUUUGAAGAUAUACAUAUGUUGGUUGGGUCCAACAUGCCUAUUUUCGGAGGUGGCCGUUAUCCUGCCGUCAGUCUGAGACUCAGGGACAACAAUAAACCAAUCAACAUUCUGACAGGUAUCGACUACUGGCUUGAUAAUCUGAUGUGUAACGUCCCAGAACUUGUCAUGUGUUUUCACGUUAAUGGCAUUGUUCAGAAAUACGAGAUGAUAAAAACAGAGGACAUCCCUCAUCUGGAGAACUCGACUUUCUCCACGAGAGUCGUGAAAGACAUCGCCCAAAAUGUCCUUUCUUUCCUGAAGUCCAACUGCACUAAGGAGGGUCACACGUACUGGCUUUUCAAAGCCAGUGGGAGUGACAUUGUGAAGCUUUAUGAUCUUACGACUCUGUGUGAGGAGGCUGAGGAAGAGAAAUAUCAGAAUCCCUUCACUCUUCCUGUGGCUGUAUUAUUAUACAAAGUGGCCAGCAACUUGAUGCUAAAAGCGCGGCAAAACAGAAAGCACUAUGGCACAAUCAGAACUCUGCUGCUAAACUGUGUCAAACUUCUGGAUCAAGACAGACAUCCUCAGAUCAUCGCCUCUGCCCACUAUAUGCUGUCAGAGCUGUUCCAGCUCGACGAGCCUCUUGAAGAAGAUGGAGGGGAGUCGCUGCGGGCCGGUGGUUCAGAGGACAGCUACAGUGACGAAGACAGGGAGGAGGAGGAAGAAGAGGAGGAUCUGACGGAGGACAGCGAUGAUAAUGGUUCCUACAGUAACUGCUCCAGCCCGCAGGAUGAUAGCAAAGCGGUGGCUGUGAUCCGCUCUGUAGGGGAGCUGUCAGUCCCGGAGAAGUAUAGAUCCACUCACCAGAUCAGACCAAGUUGUGCUUUCCCCGUUUCUCAAGACAAGGAAGAGAGAUGCAGACUUGUCCUGAGCUAUGUGCUUAAGGGAUUAAAGGCGGUGGAUGGCAGCAUCAAGAAGGAGAGCGAUCUUCCAGCUGCUGACCCCAACACACCCAUCCCUCUCAAAUAUGAAGACAGAAGUGCUACUGGAGCCUGUGCAACUGAGAAAGGCAUCUCUCUCCUGCUUGAAAGAGCAGCAGGUCCCUUGCAAGGGGACCAGAAGCACACGACACGCUCAGGGAUGAUCCCUGGCUCCUGGCAGCAUCAUAUGAAGCUGAAACUCUUCUUCAAAGCCUCCAAGGCCUACUAUGUCCUCUCUGAUGCGGCCACUAACUUGCUGAAGUAUGGGCGGGCGUUGCGUUACAUCAAGCUAUCUCUGCAGUGUUAUGAUGCCUAUUGUUCAGUGAGCGGUACACUGCACCCACAUGUGCUGGUGUUUCACAGCCAGUGCCUGUCUCUGUGUGGGGACAUCCAGCUGAUGUUGGCUCAAAAUGCCAACAACAGAGCAGCUUACCUGGAGGAAUACAGCUACCAGACCAAAGAGGACCAGGAGAUUCUGCACAGCCUGCACAGAGAGAGCAGCUGCCAGGCCUUCAGCAUGGCAACAGACCUAGCGAUGGACCCGGAGUACCAGCUGUUUGUUAGCAGUAAGUGCUAUGAGGCAGCAUAUGAACUACUUGUCUCUGAGCCUUUGAAAGAUCUUACUUCAGAUCAGCUGAGUCAGGUUCUCAAACGACUGGGGAACAUACGCAAUGAGAUGGGAGUCUACUACAUGAACCAGGCUGCAGCCAUGCAGGCUGAGAAAGAGGUAUAUCACCAGCCUUUUUAUUCUCCCGUUCCCCUUCUAGUGAAGAAAUCUGUGUCUGCAGCAGAGCAGGAGAUGUGGAAAAAGAGCUUUGGCUUCUUUGAGAAAGGGAUGAAGGACUUUGAAGCCAUUGGGGACAGCACUAACACAGCCUUACUGCUGUGUAAUACUGGCAGGCUGAUGAGAAUCUGUGCCCAGGCCCACUGUAACCUCUCUGGCGAUGAAAGCAGAGGAGAGUUUUCACCCGAAGAGGCUCUUUACUACAACAAGGCUAUAGACUACUACCUGCAGGCCAUGAAAGCAUUGGCAAGCAGAGAGAAGCACUCAGCAGUGUGGGACAGUGUAAACUGGGAAUUGUCCACUACGUACUUCACACUGGCCACCCUUCUGCAGGACUAUGCCCCAGUAUCGAGGAAGGCCCAGGAACAGAUUGAGCGAGAGGUGACCGAAGCAAUGAUGAAGUCUCUAAAGUACUGUGACCUGCAGACUGACUCUGCUCGGCAGCCGCUCUACCAAUACAGAGCUGCCACCAUCCACCACCGCUUGGCUUCUAUGUACCACAGCUGCUUUCGCAAUCAGGUGGGGGAUGAACACUUGAGAAAGCAGCAUCGGAGCUUGGCAGAGCUUCACUACAGCAAGGCUGUCAGUUUAUUCCUCAGCCUCAAAGACGCACCCUGCGAGCUGCUCCGCACGUUGCUGGAGAGGGUGGCUUUUGCUGAGUUUACGAUGGCAGGUCAGAACAGCAGCACAGCUAAGCUGAAGAGCCUGACUGGAGCAAUAGAGAUCAUGACAGAAACCCGCCAUGCUUUCCAACUGAUUCAUAAAGAGCUGCAGGAGGAGCAGACAGAGUUGAAUGAACCAGACGCUGCUGAGUCAGCAGAGUCUUCCGAUGUAGCCAAUGGCCCAAUGGCAGGACUGAACCUCCAGGAAGUAAUGAAGUUAAUUGGCGUAUUUGAGCCCAGUUUCUCCUUCCUGCUCCUGCAGGUGAUCAAACUGAUGACGACAGCGAAACGUAAACCAAGCAAUAAGGACGAGGAGCUGCUGAAAACCUAUAAGAAUGUAUACUCCAAGCUGCUUCGUGCUGAGAAAAACGCUCCUCUUGUCAGCCGCGUCGAACUCUACGUUGAGCUCCUGCAGCAGCUGACGCAGCGGACAGGAAGUGACGACACAGGCACACGCAAGCCAUAACAAGGAAGACCCUCAAGAAUCUGACUCUGCUCUUUGGACCUCGCCAAACUUCCAGGUUACAUUUUGGAGAAGACUUGACAUCCUCAAAGAUGCGGUGACAUAAAAUAAUGGCUCAUAGUCACAAUAACAUUCAAACACUCAGGCAACCUGUCUUACUCUGAAUUACAGUCUCAAAGCUAACUUCACCUCCAGCGCCUUCAUCUUUUUCUAACAUUUGCGUCACA